AACAACAUGGCCGCUCCGAGCAGAGGGGCAGUGAUGCUAAAUGGAAUUAAUUAAAAUUAGACUACAAAUUAUGCGCAAAUAACAGCUCAGUGGGAUUCAAACGAUGUUGCUGGCUUUACGGAGCCUGUGGUGCUUAAAAUUACGACUUCUCGGAUACACAAAGCUUCUGGUUGGACCAAACUUGCUCUUGGCGGUAGAUAACAUGUUAGCACCGGUGAGCUAGUAACAUUAGCGUCCGUUAGCAAGCGAAGAGCAGAGGAUAGUUGUGCUCUGAAACCAGGAGCCUUUCACUUGAAAUUUAAGAAAAUGUUGGGGUUUCUCACUGCCAGGCAGGCUGGUCUCGACGAUCCGCUGCGCCUGAGACGCGCAGAGUCAACGAGGAGGGUCCUCAGUCUGCAGCUGAAUCAUGACAGAGAUGUGGACAGAAUCCACGGCAAUGGCAUUAACACCAUAGACAUUGAGGUGAUAGAGGGCAGAUAUAUGUUGUCUGGAGGAGCAGAUGGGGUUAUAGUCAUCUAUGACCUGGAGAACUACACUGGAAAACCGCAGUACACCUGCAAGGCAACCUGCACAGUAGGCAGGUCCAAUCAGCAUGUCCACAAAUUCAGUGUAGAGACAGUCCAGUGGUAUCCUCAUGACACCGGGAUGUUUGUCUCCAGUUCCUUUGACAAAACCAUGAAGGUGUGGGACACAGAGACGCUGAGGCCUGCUGAAGUCUUCCAGUUCGACGGAAAUGUCUACUGCCACCACAUGUCCCCCAUCGCCAGGAAACACAGCCUUAUUGCAGUUGGCACCAAAAAUCCCAAAAUACAGCUGUGUGACCUGAAGUCUGGCUCAAGUAUUCAUGUUCUUCAGGGUCACAGAGCGGAGAUCCUGUCUGUGCGGUGGUCACCCAGAUACGAGCACAUCUUGGCCACUGCCAGUGCAGAUAGCAGGGUGAAAGUGUGGGAUGUGCGUCGGGCCUCUGGCAGCCUCUUCACUCUGGACCAGCACAACGGAGACAAGUCAAAAGCCUCCUCUGAAGCAGUGAACACAGCCCAUAAUGGCAGAGUGAAUGGCCUAUGCUUCACUGGAGAUGGUCUCUACCUGCUCACUACGGGGACCGAUGACCGUAUGCGGUUAUGGAAUAGUGCUACAGGAGAAAAUACACUGGUGAAUUAUGGGAAGGUUUGCAACGAGAGCCGUAAAGGGCUAAAGUUCACCCUGUCGCACGGCUGCAGCCCAGAGUUUGUGUUUGUGCCAUGUGGCAGCUCGGUGGCAGUGUAUGCCCUCCACACAGGUGAGCUGGUCACCAUGCUCAGAGGGCACUACAACAGCGUUGACUGCUGUGAGUUUCACCCAGACUACCAGGAGCUGUACAGUGGAGGUAAAGACUGCAACAUCUUGGCAUGGGUUCCUGUCCUCCGCUCCCCAGACACAGAGGAAGAGUCAAAAGACGCAAAGAAGGGUGCAGUUGGCCAGUCUUCAGUGAACCCAGUCUUCCAGGACACGUGGAGCAGUGAUGAAGACUAAUGCAAAUGUUGAGCACGUGUGGAUGUGUCAGAGUCAGAAGUCUCACCUACAUUAUCAUGACACUGCAGAAGAAGACAAAGCUCUCAAAAUUCAAACAGCAUUUUGAAUGUUUGAUAUGCCUCAAAGAUGUUGCUUGUCAGCAGAGCACACUAACCUGGCUGUAAUUAUUGUAUAUUUUUUUUAUAAAUACACACAAAUGUGUAAACUAUUUGUUUUUGUACAUUUGAUGUAGCCUUUUUAAGUAAUGUUUUUGGUAUUUUUUUAUACAUAUAUAUUUUAUUUUAUUUUUUAUUGAAAUUGAAAGCCAAGAUGUGCAUUAGUACAGCUAGUUUCAUGCCAUGAAGGCCUCCUUAAGUAAUUGAAAACCCAUCAUCUAUUUUCAAAAAUGGUCUUUAUCCCAUAGCACAAGAGCAGACUACUUCUUUUCUCCUCUGUCUGAGUGACACAUUUCUUAGCAGGAUUCACACACCUGUCAUGAUGUUGACACUUUGAUGUUCAUAUCUUUAAGGUUUUGGUUAAAGGGAUCUUGUACAGGUAUAGGUAGUCUAACAAUUGUUAUUGAUGGUGCUGUUUAACAGUAAGUGUGUUAACACAGAAGUCAGCCAAAAUCUUGAAAAGCCUUGUAUGGGAGUAACCACACACAUACACUUCACUCAUUGUCUUGUUGAUACUCCUGGCUAAAUUUGCAUUUGCUUCUGUCAACCCUAGCUGAAACCAGCAGUGAGGAGUGAUACUGAAACCAAUUUCACCCUCUCUCUUUAGCAUAUGAAUGGGAUCUAUGUCUUUUGGUUACGUCUGCCUUGUAAUUCAAUUAUUUUUUCUUUUUCCUAUUUAUAUUUUUUGUCUUUUCAUUAAUGCAUUAACCUUAGUUACAUAGACAAACCUGGAAUCCCUGUCUCAUCCUCUCUCGUUUACAUAUUAGCCUUGUUUACGUAGACAAACCUGGAAUCCCUGUGAGGUGAAUCUUUCAGUACUGACCCACAGACAUGCUAUACAUAUGGCCGUGAUCAAACCUACGGUAUUCUGGUUUACAAGGAGGUACACUUGCCUGUCAUGCAGAACAUUCCAGUGAUUGCACUACACAAGUGCUUUGCCGGAAAUAUGUGAAAGCCUUUUUUUAUUAUAAUCACAAUAGUGGAGAAACACAAUCUAUGAAUCAUCGUAUCAAAGCACAUUCAGAGGGAGGGCCUAUACCUUGGAUAUCCUGAACUGUAUGUACUGGUUCUAUCUGUGUUGUUCAUUGCGUAAUCGCUCAGUUUAUCUUUUCUGAAACACCUGAAGUGUCUUGAAUUGUACAGUUUUUUUUUUUUCUCCAAAUCUUCCAAUGACUGCCCGAAUAAUAAAACCUCUGAGAAUGCUACCUCA